UCGUUCUUGUUGGUAUUUAAAACGCGUUAGCUUAAUAAAAUUGAAAUCUCGGAUAAUCUCGCUAUAAACGUUCUUUCUAAAUUUCGCCAACAUGGGUAAGCCUCACGGUAUUAGAACUGCCCGUAAGUUUGUCAAUCAUAGACGCGAGCAGAAAUGGCAUGACAAAACAUACAAAAAGGCUCAUUUGCCUUCCAGAUGGGUGAAACCCUUCCAGGGAUCUUCCCACGCUAAAGGCAUUGUUCUUGAAAAAGUUGGAGUAGAAGCUAAGCAGCCUAACUCUGCCAUCAGAAAGUGUGUGAGAGUACAAUUGAUCAAGAAUGGAAAAAAGAUCACGGCAUUCGUACCUAAUGACGGUUGCCUCAACUUUAUUGAAGAAAACGAUGAGGUGUUGGUUGCUGGUUUUGGUAGAAAAGGUCACGCUGUAGGAGAUAUUCCCGGUGUCCGUUUCAAGAUUGUCAAGGUCGCUAACGUUUCACUGUGGGCUCUUUUCAGAGGAAAGAAGGAACGACCAAGGUCUUAAGCUGUAACAAUUGCUUAGUAAACCCUUUGUACAAAGAAA